ACGAAAGCAGCCCGGUUGAACCAACCCAAAGUUCACCCAACCCCAACCCCACGCGACGCGACCCGCCGCCGCCGCCGGCGAUCGCCGGAGAUGUCAUGGCUCGCCCGCUCCCUCGCCACCUCCCUCAACAUCCCCGGCGAUGACGACGACCCUGACGCCACCGCCGCAGCCACCCCGUCUCCCUCCGCGCGAACCCCGCCGCCGACGCCGCCACCCGUGCCUCCCCAACCUCCGCAUUCGGGCGCGGCGGAGGGCGUCAAGGAGGACCUCACCGAGCUGUCCAAAACCCUAACCCGCCAGUUCUGGGGGGUCGCCAAUUUCCUCGCGCCCCCGCCCGGGGAGACAUCGCCCUCGCCCUCCCCGCCAUCGGCGGAGACCGGAUAUGGAACCGCCCAGACGCCGCCUGAGAUCGCCGGGAUCCGCAGCGAUUUCGCCGAGAUCGGCGGGAGGUUCAAGAGCGGGAUCUCGCGGAUCUCGAAUCACAAGGCCGUGUCCGGAUUCUCUAGGAUGGCCUCCAAUUUCUUCGCCGAUGAAGACGACGAUGAGGAGGAAUUGCCGGAUGCGGUGAGGAACGGUGAGGAGGAACGGGUGAUGUUUCCAAUAGAGGAGGUGGCGGCGGAUAGGGCAAGACAUGAGGCUGAGGACUUCGAGGUGAGGCAUGAUUGGGAAAAGAGAGUACGGCAUGGGGUGGGCGACGAUGAAGCGAGACCUCAGGUGGACAACGAUGAGGGGAGGCAUGAGUGGGAGGAGAGGUUAAGACAUGAAUUGGAUGACGGCCAGGUAAUGCAUAAAGAGCGGGAUGAUCAUGAGUUGGAGUUGGAGACGGUAAGACAUGAUGAGAAGGAGGAGGAGGUCGAAGAGGAGUGGGAUGUGAUAGGAAUCACCGAGGAGGUGCUUGCAUUCGCCACUAACAUCGCCAGGCACCCGGAGACCUGGCUUGACUUCCCGCUUCUCCCUGAUGAUGAUGAGUCUGAUGGACCAUUCUCAUGUUUUGACAUGUCGAAUGCUCAGCAAGAGCAUGCGUUGGCUAUUGAGCAACUUGCUCCCAGAUUAGCUGCUUUGCGGAUUGAACUAUGCCCAAUCCAUAUGAGUGAAGAAUGCUUUUGGAAAAUUUAUUUUGUGCUCCUACAUCCUAGACUGAACAAGCAGGAUGCUGAGCUUCUGUCAACACCACAGAUUGUUGAUGCCAGAGCGAUGCUUAUGCAAUGUUUGCAGCACCAGUCAAAGCUUGAAACGGAGCAACUAUAUCAUCGUAAAGAUGAUUUCGGCAUGCAUUCAGAGGAGGAUACCUCUAAAGAUAUUCCAGAAGUAUUCCCAUCUAUGCUACAACAGACUGCUUCUGUCAUCCCCAUAACAGAUUUUGAGACCGAAAAGCAUCCUAUCCAAGUAACUGAAGUUGCAGUAGUGGACAAAUCAGUCAUCAAAGAGCAGCUGACCAAGGAUAGCAAGACCCCAAAUGUUUUGCAGGAAAGCUUUGAUGAUGACAUAGAUGAUUGGUUCGAUGAGGAGGCGGAGCUCGCCGGGCACACAACAAUUCCCAUAGGCGAUGAAGAAGAUGUGUCUUUCAGUGACUUGGAGGACGAUGAUGAGAAAUGAUUCAGUUCAACGCCAACUUCGGUUUGUGUAUUGGAAACUUUCCUUUUCUACUGUACAAGGGAAGAGGUUGAAAUCGUUUUGUCAAUAGAAUGAAAGUUGUACAGUGAAAGUAGAGCCGUCUUGUUUUGGUUCAAGCUGCCCGGUUGGAAUGGGAAGCAGUGAAAAGUAGAGCUGCUUUGUUUUGGUUCAAGCUGCACCGAUGGAAGCACUGUGGUCAGCAGCGUCACGGUUUGUAAUCUUAUUUUUUUAAUCUGUGUACAUAAAAGCAUUUGUGAUGCCACAAGUUCUCGACAACAAAAGUUCUAUCAUUGGUUGGU